AUGAGCGUUUAACGGCGGCUGCUGUGGAGAUUUUCGGGGCAGUGGAGAAAACGGUAGUGGAGUACCAGGAGGAGAAUGAUCGGCUUCGAAUAAUGCUGCGGAUCACACCGGAGAUAAAACUAUGUAGAAUAGGUUUGUAUGUAGAUCUACUGAUAGCUAGCUAUAGUUCUACUCAAUUAGUACACUUUUUAGGUAGCCAGCAGAUCCGACCAGUUUGCUUUCAGCUGAACUAGGGUCUGACCGCAUUCCUGUGUAUAUUAAAGGAAAGGUUCACCCAUUUUGGAUGUUAUAUUGAUUUUGUGCAUCUCUGAGUGAUGUUCUAUGGAUUCCCUGGGUCAUUUUCAUGUUUAUGUGUAUCUGAGUUAUUAUCAAGCAGGCAGAAAUCCGUCCGGUACUUUGUAGCACCGUGCUAAAGUCGCGCUCACUACACUGGAAGUUAAUAGCAAUACGACUUUUAGAUUGCGAAAACGUCUAUCAUACAUGUCAUAUUUCAAUACUGGCCGGUGUCAUAACUCGGGACGAUGUCUUCUCGCGAAUGAGCCAUUGAUCAUAUUUUUGCGAUAGAAAUGUGUAAUUUAACAGAGGGUCAAGCACACUUUUCCCAUUUGUCUGCCUCUUUAGUCCAGGGUGCAUUGCAUGGUGCAGUUGCCAGAGAUAUUAUAGAAAGAAGAUGGGAAUCCAAUGAAUGAAGGAACGUAUAACGCUCCACCAAUAGCAGACUGUCGACCAAUGGUGUUCACAUUGUCAUGAUGUGUCAAGCGUUUGCUAAGCUAAUCGUCAUGCAAUCCCUUCUCAAAUUCAGUGUAUAUGUCGAGAAAUGUGCCUAUUGUCCUCGAAGGUACAUAAUGUCACAAUUCCAAAGCUAUAUGAUACAAAAGAUAGCAAGUUAAUUAUCUAACAUUUCUGAAAAUAUUUGUAAUGUUGUACUUCUUGUUGACAAAAUUCAUGCUAAUGUUGGGUUUUUGAGCUAGCGCCCAAUAGACUCCCAUUCACUCCUUGGGAGAGCGCUCCUUGUCCCAGAAUCACCCAGAAUGCACAGCGCGGCCCAUUGACGUAGCAUGGGCAACGUUUCCCAUCUCCUCCAAAAGUAUAUCUGCCGUUGUGAAUGUCAGACUCCACUCUGUGAGGCACAUCAAUCUGCAGGUUGAACAUGGUGAGAUUGUAGACUCCUAAAUUGAUAGCUGUAAAAUCACCUAAACAAACUGCACUAACUAGCUACGUUACAUGCUGAUAUUGUCUUUGGUAUUAUUGUGUCUACACACAAUAAUAGCAAUAAUAAUAAUAGCUAGCUAGCCAGCCCAUAGAGAGAGCAUUGCAUUGUGGAUUUUGUAGUCGACUUGAGCUGCAACAGAUUUCCGCAACGAUUUUCCAUGUUGCUACCAACCUUAUUAUAACGCCAAAAUGAAACAUUUGUUCACAAAAAAUAUUGUUCUCACAUAUUAGUGUUAUUUAACACUGUAAAUGAAAGGAAUGAGUGGUUUUGGGUGGAUUUUUCCUUAAGACACUGCAGCUCGAGAUACUGCUCAGAAAAAAAUGUACCUCAAUCCAGGGAUGAGAAAUGUAUUGUACUCCGAAUUGUCCCAUUAUCCCUCCCAACUGUUACACCGAGAAGAUUGAACCACUGCUAGUUUUUAAGUCAAUUGCGUUUUCGUCCUCAUGCUAACUUAACAGUAGCAACAGCAGCCAUUAUGGAAUGGCACAUUGUGUUGAACAACAAAGGAGCUGAUUGGCUAACACUGCUAUUCCCAAAUGGCUGCUGUGGCUUCUGCUACUUAGCAUGAAGACGAAAAAUUACAGUUUUCCGGAUAAUGGGACAAUUCGGAGUACAACGCAUUUCUCAUCCCUGGAUUGUGCGUUUUCCUAUCCAUAUCUCGCGCUGGCUCCACAGUGUCUUAAUCUACACAUGAAUGCUGUCGGACCCUAGCGCAGCCGUAAGCAAGCGGGUCGGAUCUGCUGGCUAACUGUUUAGGCUAACAGUGAUUACCAUUAUGGUGGCAGGUAGCCUGAUUAAUCAGGCUGUAAUACACUAUUAAUUUGCAUAUACAGCCUGAAACUAAUGACUGCAAAAUCCUGUAAAGGUUUCGUACAAGCCAGAAAAACGCAUGUCAAAAAUGUUAUAAAUUGAUUUGCAUUUUAAUGAGGGAAAUAAGUAUUUGACCCCCCCAAUCAGAAAGAUUUCUGGCUCCCAGGUGUCUUGUAUACAGGUAAUGAGCUGAGAUUAGGAGCACACUCUUAAAGGGAGUGCUCCUAAUCUCAGUUUGUUACCUGUAUAAAAGACACCUGUCCACAGACGCAAUCAAUUAAUCAGAUUCCACUCUCCACCAUGGCCAAUACCAAAGAGCUCUCCAAGGAUGUCAGGGACAAGAUUGUAGACCUACACAAGGCUGGAAUGUGCUACAAGACCAUCGCCAAGCAGCUUGGUGAGAAGGUGACAACAGCUGGUGCGAUUAUUCGCAAAUGGAAGAAACACAAAAUAACUGUCAAUCUCCCUCUGCCUGGGGCUCCAUGCAAGAUCUCACCUCGUGGAGUUGCAAUGAUCAUGAGAACGGUGAGGAAUCAGCCCAGAACUACACAGGGGGAUCUUGUCAAUGGUCUCAAGGCAGCUGGGACCAUAGUCACCAAGAAAACAAUUGGUAACACACUACGCCGUGAAGGACUGAAAUCCUGCAGCGCCCGCAAGGUCCCCCUGCUCAAGAAAGCACAUAUACAGGGCCGUCUGAAGUUUGGCCAGUGAACAUCUGAAUGAUUCAGAGGAGAACUGGGUGAAAGGGUUGUGGUCAGAUGAGCUCUUUGGCAUCAACUCAACUCGCCGUGUUUGGAGGAGGAGGAAUGCUGCCUAUGACCCCAAGAACACCAUCCCCACAGUCAAACAUGGAGGUGGAAACAUUAUGCUUUGGGGGUGUUUUUCUGCUAAGGGGACAGGACAACUUCAUCGCAUCAAAGGGAUGAUGGAUGGGGCCAUGUACCGUCAAAUCUUGGGUGAGAACCUCCUUCCCUCAGCCAGGACAUUGAAAAUGGGUCGUGGAUGGGUAUUCCAGCAUGACAAUGACCCAAAACACACGGCCAAGGCAACAAAGGAGUGGCUCAAGAAGAAGCACAUUAAGGUCCUGGAGUGGCCUAGCCAGUCUCCAGACCUUAAUCCCAUAGAAAAUCUGUGGAGGGAGCUGAAGGUUCGAGUUGCCAAACGUCAGCCUCGAAACCUUAAAGACUUGGAGAAGAUCUGCAAAGAGGAGUGGAACAAAAUCCCUCCUGAGAUGUGUGCAAACCUGGUGGCCAACUACAAGAAACAUCUGACCUCUGAUUGCCAACAAGGGUUUUGCCACCAAGUACUAAGUCAUGUUUUGCAGAGGGGUCAAAUACUUAUUUCCCUCAUUAAAAUGCAAAUCAAUUUAUAACAUUUUUGACAUGCGUUUUUCUGGAUUUUUGUUGUUGUUAUUCUGUCUCUCACUGUUCAAAUAAACCUACCGUAAAAAUUAUAGACUGAUCAUGUCUUUGUCAGUGGGCAAACGUACAAAAUCAGCAGGGGAUAAAAUACUUUUUCCCUCACUGUAUAUAGGUCUGACCAUAAUAAAGAGAUGCUCUGCUUUUUUUUUCUUUUUUUUCACUCCACAAAGUAAGUCCUGCAGGCUCUAGUUUUAUCUUAUCUUGAUUAUUGUCCAGUCAUUUGGUCAAGUGCUGCCAAGAAAGACCUAGUUAAGCUGCAGCUGGCCCAGAACCGCACGUGUUGCUCUUCAUUGUAACCAGAGGGCUAAUAUUAAUACUAUGCAUGCCAGUCUCUCUUGGCUAGGAGUUGAGAAAAGACUGACUGCGUCAUUUGCAUAGUCAACUUACACACAGCAUUGACACACACACACACACUUACCCCACCAGACAUGCCACCAGGGGGCUUUUCAGUCCCCAGGUCCAGAACAAAUUCAAGGAAACGUACAGUAUUAUACAGAGCCAUGAGUGCAUGGAACUUCCUUCCAUUUAUAUAGCGCAAGUGAACAGCAAAACUGGUUUCAAAAACAAAUAAAGCAACACCUCACGGCACAACGGAUCUCCCCAUGUGACCUACUUGUUGUGUGUAUGUACUGACAUGUAUGUGUAACGGAUAGAUACUCACACACACACACACUGAAUGCUGAUGUUUUUAAAUGUGUAAAUUGUAAAGUAUUUUGUCUGUAAUGUAUUUUUCGUUAUGUGUCGGACCCCAGUAAGACUAGCUGUCUCCAUUGGCAUCAGCUAACCUGAUUAAUCAGACUACCAAGCGGUUAGCGCAUUGAGGCAGUAACAGAAAGGUCUGUGCUAUCUGGGAUCCUUGGGUCGUCCCUACCCCCAUUUGAAGUUGACAUUUAAAAUGGUUAAGUUAAGGGUUAUGUUUGAAAGGCACUGGUGUCUUAUUAAUGAAGGGAUUGGAUUACGCUGUUCUGGGUUGCGUCGGGCUAUGGUCCGUCACGUGACCAGGCGAUUGAAGCCGGUGAGGGAGGCGGGCGGUCCCUGCUGAAAUAGAACAGUAAUCUGCUCCGCUCGGUCAUAUCGUCAACAACGCAGCAUCGCUUUUCCAUAAAACAGAGUCCAAAACGUGCUCGGGUCAGCACAGCAUUGUUUUAAAAAAUAUUGAUCCGUUAGCCUUCAUAGUUUUCUAAUUCUCAGCGCGGCUCAAGCAAUUUCUCCAACCAUCCAAAUGAAAUGAAUAGGAGCCGCCGCGUUGGUUGGGACAUUUUAGGAGGCGUGCGGUAGGGCUGUGCAGAGCCGGACAGAUAUGUCACAACGGGCCGCAGUACUAUCGCGGCUCCGUGGCAGUAAAAGGCGCUUUACUCCACCCGGGCUUAAUCGAAUCCCCUCAAUCUCUCGUGGACAGACGACCAAAUUACGCAAGAUUGUAGUUUUGGGUUAACUGGGAUUAGUGUCUUAUAAACGUCUGUUUAGUGUCUUAUAAACGUCUGUUUAGUGUCUUAUAAACGUCUGUUUCUGCAGAUGGAACUCGUCUUUUUCUUGUUUUGUUUUGUUUUUUGACAAACAACACAUUCAGUAAAAGACUAAACAACACUAACAAACAAUUGACAAUGGCAAAAAGUGGCGCGCUGUCGUCUACUACAUGUGGCUAAAAAUGACUAGUUCCAGAAAAUAUGUUGGGAAUUAAAGGCAGAAAUACCUUAUUUACAUAAGUAUUCAGACCCUUUGCUAUGAUACUUGAAAUUGAGCUCAGGUGCAUCCUGUUUCCAUUGAUCACCCUUGAGAUGUUUAUACAACUUGAUUGGAGUCCAGCUGUGGUAAAUUCAAUUGAUUAGACAUGAUUUGGAAAGGCACACACCUGUCUAUAUAAGGUCCAACAGUUGACAGUGCAUGUCAGAGCAAAAACCAAGCCAUGAGGUCGAAGGAAUUGUCCGUAGAGCUCCGAGACAGGAUUGUGUCGAGGCACAGAUCUGAGGAAAGGUACCAAAAAAAUUAUGCAGCAUUGAAGGUCCCCAAGAACACAGUGGCCUCCAUCAUUCUUAAAUGGAAGAAGUUUGGAACCACCAAGACUCUUGCUAGAGCUGGCUGCCUGGCCAAACUGAGCAAUCGGGGGAGAAGGGCCUUGGUCAGGGAGGGUGACCAAGAACCCGAUGGUCACUCUGACAGAGCUCCAGAGUUCCUCUGUGGAGAUGGAAGAACCUUCCAGAAGGACAACCAUCUCUGCAGCACUCCACCAAUCAGGCCUUUAUGAUAGAGUGGCCAGAAGGAAGCCACUCCUCAGUAAAAGGCACAUGACAGCCCGCUUGGAGUUUGCCAAAAGGCACCUAAAGGACUCAGACCAUGAGAAACAAGAUUCUCUGGUCUGAUGAAACCAAGAUUGAACUCUUUGGCCUGAAUGCCAAGCGUCUGGAGGAAACCUGGGACCAUCCCUACGGUGAGCAUGGUGGUGGCAGCAUCAUGCUGCGGGGAUGUUUUUCAGCUGCAUGGACUGGGAGACUAGUCAGGAUCGAGGGAAAGAUUAACGGAGCAAAGUACAGAGAGAUCCUUGAUGAAAACCUGCUCCAGAGCGCUCAGGAUCUCAGACUGGGGCGAAGGUUCACCUUCCAACAGGACAAUGACCCUAAGCACACAGCCAAGACAAUGCAGGAGUGGCUUCGGGACAAGUCUCUGAAGUCCUUGAGUGGCCCAGCGAGAGCCCGGACUUGAACCCGAUCUAACAUCUCUGGAGAGACCUGAAAAUAGCUCCACAGAGCUUGAGAGGAUCUGCAAAGAAGAAUGGGAGAAACUCCCCAAAUACAGGUGUGCCAAGCUUGUAGCGUCAUACCCAAGAAGACUCUAGGCUGUAAUCGCUCCCAAAGGUGCUUCAACAAAGUACUGAGUAAAGGGUCUGAAUACUUAUGUAAAUGUAAUAUUUUCGUUUUUUAUUUUUAAUAAAUUUGCAAAAAUAAACUAAAAACAGUUUUUGCUUAGUCAUUAUGGGGUAUUGUGUGUAGAUUGAUGAGGAAAAAAUACUAUUUAAUCAAUUUUCGAAUAAGGCUGUAAUGUAACAAAAUGUGGAAAAAGUCAAGGGAUCUGAAUACUUCCCGAAUGCACUGUGGAUAACCUCUGCUCCUCCUCUCCUUCCCUCCAGACUCCCUGCAGCUCUCUCUCUCUGUCUCUGAAGAGGAGGUUCCUCCUGAGCAGCAGCACUGUGAGCAGGAGUGGAGCCCCAGUCUGGGGCAGGAGGACCCAAAGCCCACACAGAUUAAAGAGGAACAGGAGGAACUCAGGACCAGUCAGGAGGAAGAGCAUCUUCAAGGGCUCUUUGAUACCAAAGACUCCAUAUUCACUCCUUCCUGUGUGAAAAGUGAAUGUGAUCUGGAGGACCCACUUCAAGAAGCCUUACUAGCUGAAUACCCAACUCUCAGUCCACUGAAAACGUCUAAACUACAGUCGUUUCGUAUGUUUUUAAAUGAGCGUUUAACGGCGUUUGCUGCUGUGGAGAUUUUCGGGGCAGUUGAGAAAACGGUAGUGGAGUACCAGGAGGAGAAUGAUCGGCUACGGAGACUGCUGCGGAUCACACCAGAGAUAAAACUAUGUAGAAUA